UGGCUGCUGAGCAUCGUGGACAGCUGGCGAGGUGGGUGGAGAGCUGGCGUGCGACGGAGGUGGCUGUGGCGUACGGCACGGCGAUGGCAUGGAAGGAGAAGGCGCUACGGUUGCCCAAGUGGGCGCUCCCGCUCAUUGUUGCUGCUGGUGAUGGCAUCUGCAUGCGAUUCAACCACACGGCUGGUCACGGCUGCACGGGCGGUGAUCGAUGCACGUAUCGGCAUGCUUGCUAUCUCUGUGGGAGCGAUGACCAUGGGGCGUUCUUUGUCGACGACAACAACGUGAGCAAGUGCAGCAUGCUCCGGGCAAUUGAAGCCGGCGCGGCGGCAGUGGGCUUGCCGAAGCUUGAUCUGGCGGAGGAUGUGGCCGGGUAUCCGCUGCGACGCGGGCGGCGGGGCCUGUGCGGUAAGAUCGCGUUUGGCGGCGGGCCUGCAUCGGAAAGAGCGGCAGAAGCGGCAGCCCAUGCGACGGGCGCGGCGCGGGCCUGCAGCCACGGGCCGACUAUGUGGUGGAGUGGCCACUGGUGCUCAAGUUGAUCAAGCGGAGCAGAGCUCGGCGAGUUGUGCUUGUGGACGCAGACCACCAUCGCUACAUGAUCGACCAGCUACUCAACCGCGAGGUGUACGAGCGUAGCUCGACGUUUGUGGUGCUAUUUAUGGGACACACGCUGUGGGAGACACAUCGUGUACGGCCGCUGUGGGAGCGCGAGGUGUGGGGCGGGAGGCGGAAGCCGCGGGUCCCGAGCUGGGUUGUCCCGCUCCCGACGCGGAUCAUCAGCAAGGACGCGGCUGACACAGAGAUGACAGCAGCGGCUACGCAACUUGCGCUACGGUUCCAGUCGAGCGAUGCCAGGUUUACACUAGUCUCGAACGACGGAUUUGUGUACUCACUGGCUCACCUGAUGCGGAGCUGGUACAAGCGCGAGGUGGAGGUGCUCAACGCGUUUGACCCACUGGAGCUGGGCUUGCCUGCGGCACGUGCUGGAACGUGUUCUGUGCGCGAGUUCAUGGCUGUGGCAGCGAGCGCGGCGCGGGCCGGCGAACAUGCGACGACGCGGCUACGGACAGUGCGCGACGACGAGCUUGUCUCUGCGUUUGUGGCGGCGUUUCCUGCUGUGGCUGCUGACGAGUCGCGGCUGGGCCUGCUGCUGGGCGAUGCACAGGAGCUGCGAUGGCUGGUGCGCGUGGCGGAGGCGAGCCCGCCAAGUUUUGCGCUGACCGAGAUGGGCGAGGCUGCUGUGGUUCACGCACCGUCGGACCGUGUUGGCAACGCCGAGCUUGUGGCGAGCGUGGUGCGGCGUGUUGGUGGUGGCGAAGCGGUGUCGAUCACCGACGUGCGGACGGCACUGGCGGGCGAGCAGCCCGAUGUGGUACACUCCAUCGCGCGGAAUCGGCUGUUUGUGGAUGACGCACUCAACGUCGGUGCCGUCGAGCGGGUCGACUCGAUCAAGCUCCGGGCUGUGGGCGAGGGUGGGCCUGGGCCUGUGCCCUCACCGUCGUCGCUGGUCGAUCCUGCCGCUGGUGCAGGCGAGAGGAGACACGGAGAGCGACGACAGCGCGGGAAGAAGCCUGGUCGGGGCUACACGUGCUUCAAUUGCGGAACGCAUGGCGGAGGCGAGGAUUCGCACUGGGCGAAGCUCUGUCCGCAACCCAAAGCUGCAGUUCCGUCGGGCGGCUACGUGUGCCAGUGGUGCUCAAGAGUCGACGAGCACUGGGCGGACGAUUGCAGCGAGGGACCUAGCGCGGCAUCGUCCAGCGACAAUGGGCGGCGGAGCGACCGGAGUCGAUCGCGUGGCGGACGGGGUCGCCGCCGGGGCCGAGGCCGAGGCCGGGGUCGUGGCUGUGGCCGUGGCGGUGGAGGCGAUCGAGGCUGGCAAGCAAGUAGCUGGGAAGGAUGGGGCGAGGCGAUCCACGAGUGGAUUCAUAGCCAUGGGUACGGGCAUGGGCACGGUCACGGUCACGGGCACGGUCACGGGCACGGGUAUGGGCACGGUCACGGGCACGGUCACGGACACGGCUGGCAUGGGCGUGGUCGCGGCUGGCAUGGGCGGGGGCGCGGAUGGCACGGCCGAGGAAGAGGAGACGAAGGGGCAAGUGGAGGAUUCGAGAAUGACAUUGAUUGAAAUGUGCAAGCCGAGAGCGA